CACCUGACCACGUGCACUUGUGUUUUGGGAAUUCGGUCUUCUGUGCUUACCAUCUGAUACAAGGGGAAGGAUAUAGAUUGAGGGGGGCAUUGAGACUGCUCCAAUAAGGCGCAGUGGCAGCGAUUGAAAUCACGUUUGUUCAAAAAUUCAUUACAACGCUGUUAUUUUUCUAUGUCAAGCGUGUCACACGGCAGGUGGAUGUGUAAUCGAAGAGGCAGCACAUGUCUGGAUGUGUCCUAAUGAACGUUUUCCGCGAAAAGUACGUUCUUUCCUAUAUCAAAAGUGCAACCCGGAGAAGUAGUUUACCAACAAACUAGCAGUUCCGGUACAUCGUAUUAGUGCAGGAACAAGUAGAAGCGUUCACGAACUUGGUGCCGCUGACACUUCCGCAAGCUUACGAUGUGGGAGGUGGAAAGAAAGUGAAAUCAUUGCACUUUGCCGUGAGCCGUUUGAAUUUGGCGCAAAAAUUUUGAGACACGGCACAGGAACACUCACGAAGCGUCGGCACUAUACCUACCUAGUGGCGAUAUCUUGAAGGUAAAGGUGCCAAGUGCGAGACAGAACAGUGCGGCGGAAUGUGAAGUGAGUGCAAUAAUGGUGCAUGUUUCAAUCAUUCAUUGGUCCUAUAGUUCAUCGUUUCGCGCGCUGUAACCUUCUGACAUCAUUUAAAGACCUCAGUCGACAAUCCACCUUAAACCGUUGCGACACGCACUGAUUCGUUGCUCCACGGUGUAUAUCGACAGGUGAAGGUAAAUCUGAGUGAUAAUUCAAUUGUCACCAUCCAUCACUCGGGGAAAACCUAUAGGGAAAGUGUGACACUUGGCGCCAUUCAGCGGAAGACAGAAUAUGGCACCCGGUGCGUGUUAGGCCGCAGUGAAUAUCGCUAGCUUUUGUCAGGGAAUCGCAAACGGAAUCAAAUAUUAUUAAUGGUGGUGCCGAAGAUAGCCCCUGCGCCCAUUCAACCCACCAAAAUGGCUCCACCGGGUCCUCCACGCGAGCGGAGGAGGAAAACCCAUGGCUUGUACUUCCAUUCAUCGCCACCAAAAGUAUUACAAAUGAACAAUCAAAACGUGCAACGAGACAAUGAUAGCAGAAUCAAAGAUGGUUUGGUUAUAAAACCGUCGAACAUUAGAAUAUGGCUACACCAGAAGCAUCUGGCCAAACUGGCCAAGGUGAUCUGGGCCGGACAGGGAAUGCGUCUUCGAACGGAAACGUCGCAUCAUCCGAAGAUGAAGCGAUUUCUGGAAUGUGUGCCACAUGUUAUGGGUGUCAUCAAGGACAUCCACCAAGCCGUCGUGGAUAACGACCUGGAUACGCUGAAGGCAAAAACGGCCUCACCAACUCCACGCAUCGUCCUGACCAGCAAGGAUGCCAACGGGUUGACACCACUGCACAAAGCGGCAGGACUAGCCCACACACAGAUUGUGGAGUACAUCCUAUCGAUUUGGCCCAGUUUGUCGUCGGAUGAGGAUCACACGGGCAAGACUCCUCUGCACUGGGCGGCCAGCGCAAAGAACAAUGCGAGAAGUUUCAAUCUUCUGGUGCAGGCUGGUGCCGACGAAACUGCGCUGGAUCACCGGGAUAAGGCAGCCGAGUACUACAAGAACCGUCCGAACGAGAUCGACCGCUCGCUGCUGACCGUCAUCCCGGAGGCACCGCGAAUAUCCCAGCAAGGUUUUCCGGCGUGCUUCGACUGGACCAUGUUCACCCUCGACGAGGAUACCGACGAUAGCAACGGUUCGCAAACGAGAAUGAAACCCUUUUUAUCGCAAAAUAACUUACUAGAUAACGAUGUAAAUAAUUACAAUAGUGUUUCCAAGUCUAAAUCUGUGCACAAUCUCACUAAUGGGACGCUAACCGAUCUCCCGAACGACGAGAGCGAAAGCGAGACCAAGAACAAGGAAGGAUCAACUGCAGAGGAGCAGGAUGAGGAGCCGGAAGCAAAUCAACAGGAAUCGACAGGUGGAGAUGCCGGCGAUGAGUCAGAGGACGUCAAUGGCGACGAGAAUGGCGAUGAUGGUGCGGAACCAACGAAUGGCAACGAUGGCAACAACGAAGCGGAACCGGCAGGCGAGGUACUCGAUGUGGAGGAAAAUAAAACCUCCGAAGACACGAAUCAGAAAACUGAGUCAGAAUCGGUAGAAGAUAAUGAAACUACUGCAGCUACUGAUCAAAAUCAAGAGGCUACCGGCGACUCCCAGGAAUCAGAAAACGGUCCGGAAAAAGAGGAAGAAGGCAUUAUCAAUGAAGCAAACCAACAGCAAGAAGCAAAUCAAGAGCAAGAGGGGGAACUGAAUAAGGCUGAAACGGAUGAAAGAGAUCUCUCUACCGAGAAUGAGGUAAAUGAAAAGGAACUGAUUGAAAGCGGUAAGAUAAAUGGCAUAAAUGGCGAGAAUGAAGAAGAUAGAGACGAUGAAGGCAAUACAGAAAAUAUGGUAGAAGAAAAAGAUACAGUAGAAUCAAAAAAUGUAGACGAUCUCAAGCAAAACGAAGAAACGCAAGGCGCAGGUGAGCUUACAAAUGAUAGCUUGGAAAGUAAUCCAUCGAAGGAAAAUGAGGAUUCUGAAGAAAUUGAACAAGAUAGCUUGAACAAACCUGAUGAGGAAGUUGCUGAUACACCAUUAGAUGGCGACUUCAACAAGAUAGUAGAUAAUGAUAACGUCAGCAGAAUGUCGGCCACGUCUCGUCAAUCUUCAGCAAUAUCUCAAACUGGAACAGGGAAGGUUUCUCGAUCAACCACUGCAACCCGUGAUUUAUCGGCAAGAACUAUCCAAGCGGAUGAAAAUGGGUAUGCCAGUGAUGUGAAAAGCAGACAAUCUUCAGCACAAUCCGAAAGGAUUACUGAAGCUAUAAUCAAUGAAGUGUUUUCAUCCAGACCGGAGAGCGGUUUGAAUGGCAUGAACAACGGAUCAUCUAAAAAUUCCGCUAAAUCAACAAUGUCUCGCAGAGAGUCGGCGAAAUCAAUCUCGGUCGCAUCUAAUAAAACAAAAUCUGCUGCAUCUAAGCACGACGGAAACAAUAAUGAAUUUGAUGAAGAAACUAACGGCAAUGAUGCCGAACCAGCAACGUCGAGACCUUCGACAAUCGCAAGCCGUACAACAAACGAACACGAACAAGCCGAACAAUCAAACUCGCCUCGUACUCAAUCGAGUUCCACAGUUAGAAACGUUUCGGCCACUUCGGUUAUAGAACGUCGCCCAUCGGCCAAAUCAACCACCUCACAGAAAAGCCGCACCGCAGAUGAUGAAGAGGAGGGUGACUCCAACGAUGACUCGAAUCAGGCCGAUGUUCAAAUCGUUCAUUACAAGAGUGGCGAUGAGGAUGGACACGAUGAGAACGAUCAAUCUAACGAACAGCCCCAAUCCACCGCAGUCAACGGAAACGGCUACGAAAAUGGGACACAGAACGACCAAAAUAUCAAGGUGGCCGUCGAAGAACCUCCUGUUGAUUCAGAAUCAACUCUUCGUCACCUAGAGGCAUCGCCGAAGUUGACAGAGACUGACCCAGAUGCAGGCAAUGCUACUGAAGAAGAUGAACAGCAGGAAAAAGUCGAAUCUCCAAGUCCAGCAAUGGAGAUCAAGGGAACCGUCGAGGGCGAACCGGAUGGAGGCCAACUGCACAGCGCACGACCAUCCGGAAAUUUAGACUCUUUCAAUGGGCAAUCGAUACAGGAAACAAUUGACAGUGGCGACAUGGAACAACUGGCGGUGAUCGUGCUGGACGGAGAGGGGGGCAAACUUCUUGGGCGACACUCCAACCAACCGGAGAUUCAAGCAUUCCUAGACAAUGUGCCUUCCUACAUGAACAAAAUCCGUCGGGUUCACGUUGCGGCUCGAGAGGGUAGCAUACGGGACCUGCAAUCGGCGCUGGAUCGGCGAAAGUUCGCCACCGCCAAGGAUUCCAUAUCACCUCACGGUGCAACACCCCUGCACGUGGCUACCAUCUUUGGACAUUCAGGUAUUAUACGAUACUUGGCGGGACGUUUUCCGGAAACGACCAGUGCAACGGACAACAACGGCCGGACACCGCUUCAUUAUGCCGCGACUCUGAAGGACAACGGCCAUUUCUACAACCUGCUGAACCAUCUCGGGGCGAAUCCAAAGGUGGAGGAUAACUCGAACCAUUCGGCCGAAUACUAUCUGGAUCACGAGAAGGCCAAGGAUCUCCUGUCCCACCGUCAGCUAUUGCAGGACUACGGAGCCGACGAGGACCUCGCGGAUUCGAUGUUCAAUGACCAAGUGCCAGACGAUCAGCACAGUGCUCGUCGCGAAUUGGAUGACGUUGAUACGCUCACGACCCUGGAACGGUGUUUCAAGAUCAUUCACGAACCCGUUGAUGAACUGAUGAAAUCGGUACGGCUUCCAACGAAUAGUGUUCCCGGUAGUGCGUCUUCGUUGAGAAUUCUCAUAACCUCGUACUUGGCUAGGUUCAUGAAGCGAAGUGUGUUUGACAAGAUCAAGAAACGCCAAACGAAGCUGGAUCAUAACUUGUUUGACGUAAUUUGGCCCGCGAUGAAGAAGGCCACCAAGGAGAAGAAAAUCGACGAAGAUCUUAACGUCGGGAUUGUGAUACCGGAUUACGACGUCUUCGUAGUGUUUCAAGAGUUCCUAGUGCCGUUGAUCAAAGAUAUGCAUUGUAUGGAACUUCAGCAGGAAUUUGUUCCACAUCCACAAAUGCAGUUCUUCCCACAGUAUGUUCUACAAAUGUCUCCAAAUCAGAAUGGAGAGAGUAAUGGAAAUGUUCUUCGAGAGAACCCUAGUGACGUACAUUUGAAUCUGGAUACCUCAGGAAAAUUUAUUACCGGAGUAGUUAUCGAAUGCGCGCGAAAUUUAGAUGAGUUUGAUUUUCCACUGAAUUUAAGCAUAGCUCAGCUAGAAAAGGCAGAACGAAUACUUACAUCGAAAAUCCUAUCCAUGGCGUUUGCAACGGCCAUCGGAGAGGAAGAGUUAGGAACUUAUUACACGAUGAACGAAAUCCUCGAGAACCCAUCGGAGAUAAGAACCAUACUCGCUACGUCUGGUCUGCUGAUACCCAUGCUAGAUCACAACGAUCCGUAUCAAACUGCGGAAUCGAUCGCCCUGAACGGAAAGUAUUGGCCUUAUGGUCGUGGAGUCUACGUCAGCCAUAUGCAAGAUCUGGUGGCCUGGAUCAACGCCCAGGAACAUUUACGAGUGCUGUGCUGCACCAGUUCAAAAAAUCCAGCCAACAUGGGAAGUGCCUACUCUAAGAUUGGUCGGGCUAUGACCUUUCUUGAUGACAAGAUACAUUUCAAACACAGUUAUUUCCUAGGUUAUCUAGUUUCACGUCCGUCAUUCCUAGGAACUGGCUUGAAGAUGACCUUAUUCCUAGAACUGCCUCAUCUACGAAAAGAACGAGAAAAUCUCCGGCACCUCUGCGUAGUUCGGGGGCUCCACUUACUCACUUCGGAUGACCAGUCCAGAGUCCGCAUGAGCAAUAUGCGCUCGCUCUCCCAAACCGAAUGGCAAAUCUUCCAGGACUAUACCGGCGCAAUUACAAACAUUGUCGCGCUGGAGAAGGAACUCUCGAUGUCGAACUCGUUACACAUUGCCGCUACGCUGUUGAAAAUAUUUCAACUGAACGAUCCACAAGUAGAAAUUCCCUUGUUUCGAACGGAAGAAGGCCGAUACCUUGCAACGUCUCUCGGUGAUCCCCUAAUCAAAGGACUGACCGAAGUGGCCAACAAACGUCCGGCAGAUCCGAUCACCUAUUUGGCCACCUAUCUGUACAACUUUGCCAACCAGAACCGAACGAAAACCAGUGCCAGCAGUCAAACGAUAACCGUACCGGGCAAAAACGACUCCAACAACAACAGCAUAGAGGGCAUCAUCAAAGAGGACUCCGACAAGGAACUAGAGGGUUCGGCAAACACGGUAGAAAUAGCUCAGAUUGCGCAGGCCGUGGCCAACAUCGAUGCGCAGGCCCCGCAAUCACCGAUGGCCGAACGAGUAGAGGAACAGAUGCCACCAUCGCCCGAUUCGGGGGAGAGCUCGCCUUCCAUGGACAAUAGGGAUGAACAUGGUCAGAGCAUGUUGCAUUUUGCAUGUGCACGGUCUCACGGGAAGAACGCCAUAAUUCAGCUUAUUGAAGAAUCCGGCACCAGCAUCACCUACCGCGAUGAACUGUACCGUACGGCUAGGGACGUUUCGCUUCAAGCUACGCAACCGGAAAACGCUCGGGAAAUCGAUCGUUACGUGUUGGGUUUGGCAGCCCGCGGAGACCUGGAAGCGUUGACCGCUAUGCUGCUCGAUGGGUACGAUCACAUUGUCGAUGUAGCCGGAACCGAUGGGACCACCAUCGUACAGGUUGCAUCGACCCGGGGUCAUCGGGAGGUGGUUCGUUUCUUGGAAAGCAUUCGGCUGUUUGAGGAAAAUCGAGAAAAACUGCUAAGUGCCAUCCGAGAAAAAGAUCUGGCGAAGGUGAAGGAAAUUACACAACAGCUAGACGGAGCCAAGCUUGCACGGACCAAGAACUAUUACGGACGCUGUUCGAUGCAUGUGGCGGUGUUGAUGGAGAGUGAAGAAAUUGUAGAGUAUUUAGCAACUCACUUCAGAGCAACUCUCAAAAUUGGAGACAACCUGGAACGUACACCUCUCCACUACGCCAUGGGAAUCAGCAACGUGGAGGCAAUCAGCCGAAUUCUGAUCAAGAACGGGGCGAAACGGGUCUCGAAGGAUCUGAAGGGACGGCAGCCGAGUUACUACUUUAUGAAUAAGGCCGACAUUUUGCGCUUGCAGGAAGAGGAACGGGAGUGAGCGAUUGGAGUAGAGAUUUGAUGGGACCACAAAGUAUUGUUAAGGAUGGAAAAAUGAAUAGCAUUAAUUGUUGAUUGUUAGUACAAUUUGGUCAAUGCUAUAGCAAAUUAUUUUGUAAAACAAA